AUGCCCUCAUUUUUGUCUCUACUCUGUAUUUUUCUCAUCCUUUUCUCCUUCAACACUACAACAAUCGAAGCAGCACAAGGAAACAAGUCCGAGAUUGAUCGGCAAGCCCUCCUUUGCUUCAAGUCCGGCAUCAAUUCUUAUCCCCAUGGCAUCCUAAAUUCAUGGAGUGAUGACUCACUUCACUUUUGCAGCUGGAAAGGGGUCACUUGCAGCACAAAGUUUCCACCCCGGGUGGUCUCUCUUAACCUCACCUCUACUCGUCUCAGUGGGAAAAUUUCUGGAUGUGUAGGCAACUUGACCUUUCUAUCAUCGAUGAACCUUGCCGAUAAUGAUCUGUCGGGAACCAUCCCUGAAGAGUUGGGUAAGCUCCCAAACCUCCAUACGCUGAAUCUUGCCAAUAAUAGUCUGACCGGUGGUAUCCCUCUCUCAUUGACCAAUUGUUCCUCACUCAGCACACUUAUACUGUCUCGUACUUUGUUUGAUAACUUAUCUAAGCUUACUAAGGUUGAUCUCCAGAAGAAUUCUUUCACGGGACUCAUCCCACGUUUCCAUAAGGUCACAGCACUCAAACUUCUUUGCCUGACAGAGAACUUCCUCUCUGGAAGCAUACCUCCUUCAAUAGGAAAUGUUUCUUCCCUGACAUCUAUAUUGCUCGGCCAAAAUAAGCUAUCAGGAUUAAUUCCAGAAACUAUAGGUCACACUACAAAACUACUUGAGCUUGACCUAAGUUUCAACAGUUUAUCAGGUAAUGUCCCGGUUUCUCUUUAUAACAUGUCAUCACUCAAAAACUUUAGUGUUGGCAGCAAUGCCCUUGUUGGACAGUUACCAUCUAACAUUGGUUACUCGCUACCAAACCUCCAGUCCCUAAUCCUGGGAAGCAACAGGCUGGAGGGCCUGAUCCCUGCUUCACUAGCCAACAUGUUAAAUCUUCAAAUACUUGAUCUUUCAAACAACUCGUUACAUGGCUCUGUGCCAUCUCUUGGUUCGUUGACAAACUUGCGUCAGUUAGUUUUAGGGAGGAACUUGCUAGAAGCACAUGACUGGUCAUUUCUUACAUCUCUGGCAAGUUGCACCCAGCUGACAAAAUUGUCCUUGGAAGGGAAUGCUCUGAAUGGCAGCUUACCUAUAGCAGUUGUUAAUCUUUCCACAACGCUAGAAGAGUUAUCGCUUGCAUCAAACCAAAUUUCGGGCUCCAUACCUGUUGAGAUUAGCAAUCUUGUUAAUCUCACUUCGCUUAGGAUGGAAAGCAAUUUUCUUUCGGGAAGGAUACCAUCUACCAUUGGGAAACUGCAAUACCUAUAUAUCCUAAGUCUAUCGAACAACAAAUUAUCAGGUCAGAUCCCUCCCUCAGUUGGUGACAUCACUCAAUUGGGCAAGCUUUAUCUUGAUGAUAACAACUUGAGUGGAAACAUACCUGGUAAUUUAGGUCAGUGCAAGGGACUUCUUGAACUAAACUUGUCUCGGAACAAUCUCAAUGGGUCAGUACCAGCCAAACUGUUUGAUAAUCCUCCAUUUUCCUUCGGUCUAGACUUCUCACAUAACAAUCUCACUGGGGAACUGCCUUUUGGUACACAUGGUGCUGGUUAUGGUCCAACAUCCCUUCACAUGGAAGGAAACAAGUUUCGUGGACAAAUCCCAGCAAGCUGGAACUCACUAUUAUCAACCCAGCAGAUUAAUCUUUCUCACAAUGACUUAUCUGGUACUGUGCCUGAAUUCUUUGAGCACCUUAGUAUGCUGGAGCAACUUGAUCUGUCUUACAACAACUUGGAAGGGGCUGUUCCUACAAGUGGGAUCUUUGAGAAUUCUGCCGCAGUAGUUUUGGAUGGAAACAAGGGACUCUGUUCGAAUUCCUCGAGGCUAGCAUUACCAAUUUGUCCUGGCAUCUCAGCAGCAAAUAAAACAAAGCACCAUAAGUCCAAGCACCAUCGGUCCUUGCUGGCGACCUUGCUGCUAAUUGUACUACCACCACUUACUAUUUCUUCCCUAGUAUUGCUGUGGCUUCUGUUCACUCUUUGGGAUAGAGGGGUAUUAUUCACUCAUUGCAAGAAUUUGAUUUUAUCAUUUUCACCAUCGGACGUUUUGUCCAAGAUUUUUCGCCUUUUUGGCCAUCUCAAGCGAAGGGAAGUGCAUACAGUUCCGUCCCAUGAGGAGAAGCUGAAAAGAGUGUCAUACAGUGACAUCCUUGAAGCUACUGAUUGGUUUUCGUCGGGACACAAAAUAAGCUCAAGCUGUACUGGGUCGGUCUAUGUUGGGAGGUUCAAGUUUGAAAAUGAUCUGGUGGCUAUCAAAGUAUUCAACCUGAAUGAACCUGGCGCUAAUGAAAGUUUCUUUACUGAGUGUCAGGUGCUACGGAGCACACGCCAUCGAAACAUUCUGAAGUGUGUGACUUCAUGCUCGACGACGGACACAGAACGCAAUGAGCUCAAAGCACUAGUCUACCAAUUCAUGGCUAAUGGCAGCCUUGAAAGAUGGCUUCACCCUAAGCAACACAAUGGCACACCAAAUAGAACCCUAAGCUUACGGCUGAGGAUAUGCAUAGCCGUGGAUGUGGCCUCUGCUCUCGAUUAUCUUCACAACGAACUGACGCCGUCUUUGAUGCAUUGUGAUUUGAAGCCAAGCAACAUUCUUUUAGAUUAUGAUAUGACUGCACGUAUUGGAGACUUUGGUUCAGCAAAGUUUCUGUCGCCAGUUUUGGGUAGCCUAGAACACUUGAUCAGUUUCCGAGGAACAAUUGGAUACAUGGCACCUGAGUACGGAAUGGGUUGCCAGAUCUCAGCAGGAGGUGAUGUCUAUAGUUUUGGAGUGAUUCUACUGGAGUUGCUUACCGGAAAACGACCAACCGAUGAUAUGUUCGUGGAUGGGCUUAGCCUUUGUAAGUUUUGUCAAUCCAUGUUCCCAGACAGAGUUGCAGAGAUUCUAGAUCCUCAUGUGGCGCAUGAGGAGCAUCAGCGGUGCGAAGAAGUGGACGCGGAAGCAUGGAUGCAGCGAUAUAUUGUCCCGCUGGUUGCCCUAGGGCUGUCAUGUACCGUGGAAUCUCCCAAUGAUAGGCCUGGAAUGAAGGAUGUUUAUGCAAAACUAUCUGUUAUCAGAAGCUCUUUUCUGGAACGCCGUGAUGAUUGA